GGAGCGCGUCUUCGAGUCUACUGUCUUUCCUGUCCAACGUUCUAUCGUGUAGGACGAACCACGUGCAUGUUUUAGCCGUUUAGUGUCACAACUACAACCCUAAAAUCAACUGUGUUUCGGCGAAACACAAAACCAGCAACAUGGUGAAGUUAGCAAAGGCAGCGAAUAAACAAGUAGCCCAGAAGAAGAAAGCUCCUCCACCCCCUAAAAAUGUGGAGGAAGAGGAAGAAUCCAGUGAGGAAGACAGUGAUGAGGAAGAGGCUCCCCCAGCAAAAGCAGUGAAGAAAGCAACCCCAGCUAAGCCCCCUGUCAAGAAUGGCACUAAUGCCAAAAAAGCUGAAAGUGAAGAUGAUGACUCUGCAGAGGAAGAAUCUGAGGAGGAGGCCCCACCACCAAAGAAGACCCCUGCAAAGGGAACACCUGCUAAAGCCGCAGCCGCAAAAGCUGAGGAGUCAGAUAGGGAUGAUGAUGAGGAAGAAUCUGAAGAAGAGGCCCCUCCACCAAAAAAGACCCCUGCAAAAGCAACACCAGCUAAGGCCAAAGCAGCUGCUGCUGAGUCUGAUGACGACGAAGAUGAUGAAGAAGAGUCCGAAGAAGAGGCCCCUCCUCCCAAAAAAGCAGCCAAAGCAGCCGCCAAGCCCCCAGUAAAGGCUGGAGCUGCAAAAGAGUCCUCCGAAGAGGAAGAUGACGAGGAUGAAGACUCUGAAGAGGAAAUGGACACCGCCCCGGCCCCAGCUGCUAAGGCAAAGAAAGCAGGCAUGGUAAAGGCCAAGGAGGAGUCCGAUGAUGAAGAGGAAGAUGAUGACGAGGAGGAGGAGGAAGACGAUGAUGAUGAGGAAGCUGCAGUGACUCCCAAAAAGAGGAAGGCAGAGGGCAAGAAGGACACACCUCCUGCCAAGAAGGCCAAAGGAGACGGUGAAACAUUUUGUCUUUUUGUUGGAAACUUGAACUCAAACAAAGACUUUGACGAAAUCAAAACAUCUCUGAGGAAAUUCUUCACCAAGAACGACCUGGAGGUUGCUGAUGUCCGGUUAGGUGCAUCCAAGAAGUUUGGCUAUGUGGAGUUUUCAACUGAUGAGGACAUGCAGAAAGCACUAGAGCUCAACGGCAAAAAGGUCAUGGGUCAGGAAUUGAAGUUGGAUAGGGCCCGCAACAAAGAGACUUCGCAGGAAGGCAAGAAAGAGAGGGACUCCAGGACAUUGUUUGUGAAAAACCUUCCAUUUUCUGCAACAGUUGAUGACCUCAGAGAGGUCUUUGAAAGUGCAGUUGAUGUUAGGUUGCCACCGGGCCAGAAUGGUUCAAACAGAGGCAUUGCCUACAUUGAAUUUAAAACAGAGGCUGAGGCAGACAAGAUGCUGGAGGAGGCUCAGGGCUCUGACGUCCAAGGCCGUGCCAUCAUGGUUGACUAUGUGGGAGAGAAGAGCCAGAGAGGAGCAAAGGUGUCUGGUGGAGGAAGUGCAGCAGGAGCACCCAGCAAAACUCUGGUGGUGAAUAAUCUGGCGUUCAGUGCCACAGAGGACUCCCUGCAGUCUGCAUUUGAGAAGGCCGUGUCCAUAAGGAUUCCCCAGAAAGACGGCAGAGCCAAAGGUUUUGCCUUUGUAGAGUUUGAAAGCGCAGACGAUGCUAAGGAUGCUUUAGAAAAUCUCAACAACACAGAAAUUGACGGAAGGACAAUCAGACUGGAGUUCAGCCAGAACAGUGGAGGCAGAGAUGGUGGAAGAGGAAACUCAGGUCCAACCAAAACACUCUUUGUCAAGGGUCUCUCUGAGGACACAACUGAUCAGACCCUUAGAGAAGCUUUCGAGAGUGCAGUUGGUGCCAGGAUAGUCACCGACAGAGACACUGGCUCAUCUAAAGGCUUUGGCUUCGUGGACUUUGACAACGAGGCAGACUGCAAGGCAGCCAAGGAGGCAAUGGAGGACGGAGAGAUUGACGGCAGCAGAGUCACCCUGGACUAUGCCAAACCCAAAGGCGAGGGCGGUUUCCGUGGAGGCAGAGGCGGCGGAGGAGGAUUUGGUGGCGGUGGAUUCGGUGGCGGCGGAUUUGGUGGUCGCGGCGGUGGCAGAGGAGGUGGCCGUGGAGGAUUUGGUGGUCGCGGCGGUGGCGGCAGAGGUGGCCGUGGAGGAUUUGGCGGACGCGGCGGUAGCAGGGGAGGCAGCCGUGGAGGAUUUGGAGGGGGAAGAGGUGGCGGUGGAUUUGGAGCCAAACCCCAAGGGAAGAAAAUCAAGUUUGAUGACUAAAUCAUUAGUCUGUUUUAUGUUUUGAAUGGACUCUGGUUUCAUCAACUUUCAGAGCUUUUGGACAUUCCAGAAAGCGUCGUUGAAAAAUAUUUAACUGUUAUUGGGCAUUUUGGCCCCUUACUUAGACCCCCCCCCCUCCACCCUAUCCCACCCUGCUGUGCCAGAAUGGUACUUUGACCCUCUUCAAUCAAGUACUUUGUGCAAGUACUGAAUGUUCCUGUUGCAAACCAUAAUAGCUUAAUUUACAGAAGGAGGAAAAAAGGAACGGGUCUGGCAAAUGAGUUUGCUGUGGAAAAAAGAAAAAAAAAAUGAACGUCUUUGUCAGAUACAUCGUGUAAAUUUAAACAGUUUGUAUGAUUUAAUUUUACCUUUUGUAUAAACUAUACUUGUUAUCCACAUCAUUUUUGUUUUUAUUUUGUCUUUUAGUUUGCUUUAGUUGAGAAGUUUUACUGUAAUGUUCAAAGCAUAUUUUGAUAUAGAUGGAUGGGAAGAACAUGUGACAUAAGUUCAUUUUGUUGGGGCACAAACUGUCUGAGCCAUAGGUUGAAUGACUGUACCAAUGUAACAUAAAAUGGUAACAAAAUAUUUGUAGUUCACUGACUAAUUUCUCCCCUUUACAAAUGAGCUUUUCAUGUGAUUUAAUAAAAUCUUGUAGGUGGUGAUUUUUAAAA